GCAGAUGGAUUUCUACUACAAUAUUUUAUAAAAAAUAUCCAUUAAUUUUAAUCCUAUCCCAAGAAAAAUAUUAAUUUUUUUAAUAUAUUUUGCGAGUUUAUAUAUCUUUAAAAUUUCCUAAGCCGCUCCUGUUCGCAUUGUAAAGGUUAGGAAAUUUCCUAUUUAUUUGUGUAGCAAUAACCAACUACGUAGAUUGUUAUUGAAAACAUCCAUUAUUCGAGAAUGAAUCCUCUAAAAGGUUUGGUGUUUUUCCUUUAAGUUUUGAGCGCUAAAAACCCUAUGAUAUUAUUGGUCAGAAUUUUGAAAGAUCCUUGAGUUGUAGUUGACGAUUGGUCAAUAGUUUUGGCCGAACGAUCGAGAAGAAAUGCAUCGUUGGGACGCGAGAGAGACGUGACGAUGUAAAGCCAGUUCUAAAAGUACAUCAGCUCUGUAAGCAUCUUUUUGUUAGAACUCAAAAAGUCGCACUUUGCCGGCCAAAAUGGUUUUCUUCUUAUAGUAAAAGAACUAAUGGAUUUCUAACAUGUCAAGGAAUAUAAUGACAAUAGUUUCACGGCAUUUUAAUGGAUAUAUUAUUGUGAAACAGUUCUAUUGUUAUGCAGUUUGAUUUGCCGGUAAAAGAAGUGCGUGGUUUCCUGGUUCCUGUCCUUUAUGUAGCUGUUGCUAUUUUUAUGAUGUUUUGAUUUGUUCAUGUUCCAGUAAGAAAUGCCCAGAUGAUAUUAUUUGGUAUCGAUUUUAUCCAGUUUUGUAAUGAUUUGAAUAUCUUCCCCUCCCAGCCCCGUCUGAAUGGAAAAUUUUGAAGUUCCAAGUGUUGUGACAUGGAUUUUUGUUUUAACAAGGUAUGAUAAUGUUUAUUUUAAAUAAUUCACAAGUGGAUAUUAUUGGUAAAGGUUUUACAUAAUUAAAAAUGUUUGUUUUCAACAUGGAAAAUAUAUUAUGUAAAGUAAAUAUUAGAUGGCAGUGACAUUUGACAGCCAUGUCAAAUUUUUGUUUUGGUACACUGCUAAAAAUAAGGUUAAAAAUUGUAAAAUCAUGUAUUUUGUUAUUAUUAUUCAUUUCUGGUUUGAGAAUGUGUCUAUUCUCAAUAAAAAUAAAAAGGUAUUAAGGUUUAAAUAAACAUUAUAAAAUGUACACAUCUUUAUUUCUGUAACCUCUUUAUUUAAGAAAAUUAUUAACAGAUAUCUAAUACAAGUGAAUAAGUUUUAGAACAGAAGAAAAUAUAAUGGCAUAGAAGCCAAAUGAUGAUAAUUUGUAGCCCACUAUAACCCCAAUGAGGAAUCUACGAUGAAUGUCCCCCAGUUGCUUUCCAGUAAGUACUCGAUAUGAGAAUUUGAGGAUUUUUCAAACGGCGUCCCAAUUUGUUUAAAUAGUAGGAAAGUCCUCAAGUCUGUCCAUAAUUGCAACCGGAAAAAAUGGUUUUUCAAAUUGCAGGCAAAGUUGCCCUUGUCACAGGAGGAGCGUCUGGACUUGGAUUAAAUUUUGCAAAAUCAUUACUUUCAAAGGGGGCAAAGGGAGUAACGUUGGCAGAUAUUAAUGAACGUGACGGCAAAAAGAUUGCUGAAGAACUUAAUCAACAAUUUGGAAAGAAUAAAGCUAUUUUUGUAAAGACUGAUGUCACAGAUUAUUCCAAUUAUGAAGAUGCAUUUAAAAAAACCGUAGAAAAUUUUGGAAAUAUUGACAUUCUUAUGAAUAAUGCUGGUCUAGCAGCUGAUGGUGCUUUUAAAAAAUCAGUCGACGUUAAUGUUCUUGGGACUAUUCAUGGUAUGAUCUUGGGAAUGGACCAUUAUUUAAACAAAUACAAGUCAGGGAAUGAAGCCGUGAUUGCUGUGAGUGCUUCUGUAUGUGGUUUGGAAGCUUAUCCCCAAUGGCCAGUGUAUGCUGCUACGAAAUUUGCUGGAAUAGGAAUGGCAGUAUCAUGGGGCAACAAAAUUCACUAUGAAAGAACAAAAGUAAGGGUGUUUGCUCUUUGCCCUGGUCCCACAGAUACCAAUUUUUUUGCUGGAAAUGAUAAAUGUUUUGGUCCUGAAUAUGAAAAAGCAUUUGAAUUAUUAGAAGAAGAAAUAAAAAAUAUACAAACGCCCGAACAUGUAUCCACAGAAGUAAUGAAACUCUUGGAAAGUUCAGAAACAGGAUCGAUUUGGGUAAUUGAAAGUGGAAAACCUGCAUAUGAAUUCACGUUACGUACACGUAAUGAUAUUUUAAAAUAGUUUAAUGAAUACGGAAUAUUUCAGUAACAUUAUUUAUAUAUUUUAUAUUUUUAAGAAAAACAUCGUUUUAGGGAAUAUAUUUUAGUAGAAUUAUUGUGUUGUAAACUAAAAGUCAAACAAUUAGGUGUGCACGUCAUAGAUUUAAUGACAUCAUAACCCACCGGUAUACAAACUUGACGGCAAAUAAAUUCAACACAUUUUUUCUCAUAUAUUACUUUUUUCGCUAUCGUUCAGUUUGGCAGGAAAGCACUGCUGCCAAAUAAAAAACAUAUUUAUAUUUACCACAGCAGCCACCGGCUACACUGUUUCUCUUUUGUCUUUGAGAGUAUAAAACAAAGAUAACUGUCUGUAAUAUAAGUGUCAAAGUCAUGUUUUCCUAUAGAAGGUUAUUUAAGAUUUUUGUUUGUUUAUAGUAGUUGUAAAGUUGUUUUUAUUUCUUCUUCUUUUACGGCCUUUGGGAGCUGUGCCUUAUUGUUGCUGACACAGAAACAUUUCUUAAAAUUAAGGCCUAACUCAACUUACCAUAGAACAACAUUAUUACGAACCUAAUCAAACAAUCAAGAAUUCGCUGUGUGCAAGUACUUUAACCUCCACAAUAUUGAUAUGAUAUGCAAUUAUUAAAGUGAAUUUAAUCAAUGGUAUUUUGCUUGUAGUACAAUGUUUACCUUUUAAUAACAUAACCUCAAUCUUUCUUUUUGUUCUUCUUCUUUUUUGGGCUAUGGACUUGACAAUUCUCCAGUAACUAGGACUAUUAUUAUUGGGUCGCGGACGUUUCCCCAACUGUCAUCAAUACGACUAACUUCACGCGUAACUUUGAUACGAGAAUUAUAAAAAAAAAUAUGCAUUGAAAUCCAGAUCCCGUAAUUCGUUAAGCGUGAUAAAGUGAGUACCAAGACAUACAUAUUUGUUUCUUUGUAAUUACAGCUUCAAUUUGCCGUACACUUCUCGUAGACUUUGCCGAUAAGGUAGAGUCGUGUUGGGGAAAAGUAGCGCGGCCAUUAUUAUUGGCCAAUAUAAUUAAAAGUGCUAAAAAUGUUGCUGAGCUAUGAAUCCAGGUGUCGCGCUCUUCCGAACUAGUCUAAGAGCUAGUCUUCCUGUAAGGCUAGAAAUUUGUGUAGUGAUAAUUCAUAGCACAUCAAGGCUAAAAACCAUGACCUGGCAGGCAUCAGCCCUGCACGUGUAUCUACCAGGUGAAUCGAAGAGUGCAUAGUUUAUGGGAAAAAUAUACUUUCUCCUGUAAAGUUUAAAUUUAAGUAUGUGUUUGAGUAAGUUAUUUAGAAGAAAUGUGUACAAUUAGAGGCGAUUCUGAACAGCAUAACACCUUGCCAGGCGAGGGGAGACUAGGGGUUUUUCCUAAAAUUAUUUUUUUUGCAUCGAACAAAGUUUUUUUUAGGUAUUUUGAAUCAAUCCAAACAGAACAGGUCUUUAGUGAUUUUUCUCUUUGGUUAAUAGUUUUUGUUAUAUAAGCGAUUAAAAAUUUUGAAAAUUGCGAAAUCGGCCAUUUUAUCCCAAAAUCGAACAUUUAACUAAAAAUUUCAAUAUUGUUAAGGUAGGUAGAUAUUCCUUAAACAUUGAUUGAUGAAAUCCCGAAGAGUUUUUUGCAAUACAAUGUCGAACUCCCCUUUGUUUUUUAAUUGCUAAUCAAGCGGGCGCGAAACUUUAGUAUAAGUGAGGACGUUUGAGUUUGCAUAAAUUCAUUAUCUCGAGAAUGGGCAAAUUUGAAGAGAAAUUCUCAGACCGGUCGAUUUUUAUUUUAAAAUUAUAACUUUUUGGCAUAUAUAUAAUACUAGUGACGUCAUCUACCUGGGCGUGAUGACGUAAUCGAUUAUUUUUUUUAAUGAGAGUAGGGGUUGUGUGAUAGCUCAUUUGAAAGGUUAUUUAAUUCUCUAUUCAGUAAUAUAAACAAUAACAUAAUUGUUUAUACAGGGUGCACAAAAAUUUUUUUCUUCUUUUUGUCUAAAUUAAUUUAAUAAAAAUAUUUUUUCUGUAAACACUGUAUAAAUAAUUAAGUUAAUGUUUAUAUUAAUAAAUAGAAAAUUAAAUAACCUUUCAAAUGAGCUAUCACACAACCGCUACUCUCAUUUAAAAAAAUCAUCGAUUACGUCAUCACGCCCAAAUGGAUGACGUCACUAGUAUUAUAUAUAUAAUAAUAAUAAUAAUUUAUUCAACAAUAAUAGGUACAAUCUUUUUAUAUAUUUACAGCUAAAGUGAAUAAAUUAACCCGAAGGUCUUCGAGAGGUGUGGAUACACCUGUUUCGGUAAAUAUGAUAUAAAAUAAUAAAUAAUAACAUAUUAACGUAAAUAACAUAAAUAACAUAAAUAGCAACAUAAUACAAUAUAAUAUAAUACAAUAAAUAGAUAGGUACGUUUUUUUUAAUUGUAAAUACACAGUUAUGUUUUAUAGUAUAUAUAGUAAAUACACAGUUACCUAUAUAUGCCAGAAAAUCCUAAUUUAAGAAUAAAAAUCGAUCUGUCAGAGGAUUUCUCUUCAGAGCUGCCCAUUCUCGAGAUAAUGAAUUUAUGCAAACUCAAACGUCCUCACUUAUACUACAGUGUCGCGCCCGCUUGAUUAGCAAUUAAAAAACAAAGGGAUUUUCGAUACUGUAGUGCGAAAAACUCUUCGGGAUUUCAUCAAUCAAUGUUUAAAGGAUAUCUACCUACCUUGGCCAUAUUCAAAUUUUUAGUUAAAUGUCCGAUUUAGGGUUAAAAAUGGCCGAUUUAGCAAUUUUCAAAAUUUUUAAACGCUUAUUUAACAAAAACUAUUAACCUAAGAGAAAAAUCACUAAAGACCUUUUCUGUUUGGAAUGAUUCAAAAAACGUAAAAAAACUUUGUCCGAUGCAAAAAAAAUUUUUAGGAAAAACCCUAAUCUUUCCCCUCCCCUGGCAAGGUCUUAUGCUCUCAAAGUUUAUUUUCCCCCUAAACUAUGAAUUUUUUGAUUAACCUGGUAGAUACACGUGCAGGGCUGAUGCCUGCCAGGUCAUGGUUUUUAGCCUUGAUGUGCUAUGUAUUAUCACUAUACAAAUUUCUAGCCUUACAGGAAGACCGUUAGUCGGAGGGCUCACUAGCUCUUAGACAAAACUUGCACGGUCCCAAGAAAGUGACGUUGGUUAAAAAAGAAAAAUGUUUAAAAUACCAGCUGUCAAAUUGUUGGAUAUUUUAAUUAAAUUUUAUUAAAAUAAAAAUGAAUUUAUUCCAAAAAAAGCGUAAACAGGUCAGAAUUCAAUAUUUAAUCAUUUUGCUCCCACAGUUUCAAUAUUACUAUUUUUAUGUUCACACAUUUGCAUUGUCAGCUUAAGAAUAAAAACCACAAAACUGCUUAAAUAAAUGUCUAAAAUAUAUCUGUAUUUCGUUUUUCCAGAUUAUAAUUUGAAAAUAAUAUUUUCACAUAUUUAGCCUCCAUGGUACAAAGAUUCAUCAAUCCAGUACCUAAGAGGUGGAGGCCAAGAAAUUAAAAGAAGAAGAAGAUUAGAUCCAUACAAAUAUUUAACCUAGAGAUUGAUUCCAAUAUUAUAAAAGACGUCAGUUUUAACUUUCAAUGUCACCAAACCUAAUGAUGACGUCAUAUAUACUCGUCACUACUUCUAGCCAAUGAAAUACUCGCUGUAAUAGGAAUGGCUUUUAAAGAAAAUCUGAUAUCUUUUUUUAAAUUUAAAAUAUGGCCACGAGAGGAAAAUUGCGUGCAAGCCUUAUUGUUUGGCCAUACAAUUUUUGUUUGACAAUAUACAUUGAUAUUCUU